AUGACCACUACUGCCAUCCCACGAGCCUUCCUGGCCCCCGGACGAUCGGCAUUCGCUGUAAUCGAUCCAGUCACUGAACGGUAUCAUCGUUUGCUGGACCAAAGUGGUGCGCUCCAGCUGAGCACGACUGGAAAGUCGGGUAGCUACUUCGCCAUCUCUUACGUAUGGAGCGACUGGAAAGAGUCCAUUGUGGAUAAGUUCCCGAGCUGGAGACUGAUACGGGAGCGUCUGAUCAUGCUUGCGGCAACGGAUCUUGCGACAAAUCUUCUUAAAGCCCCCACCGAUAUUGCCCAGAGAAUUCCACUCAAGCUGUUUCAGCCAGAUUCCUUUCGAUGUUGGCUUGACUCAAAAUGCAUUGACCAAAAUUCGUCAGCGGAUAAAAUACACUGGAUCCCGCGCAUGAAUGAGGUAUAUUUCGAUGCACGGUGCACUAUCCUUCUGCUCAGAGACGUCGACCUUACAGCCCUUUAUGAGCUUUUGAAGCUUAUGAAGUGUCUUAUAGCCGAGACCUCUCCUGAACGAGGUUUUAAGUCACACCGAUGCCUAUUCACACCGAGUUGCAUCUCUCUGGUGGCGUCAAUUCCUCCAUCAGUCGAGCAAGCUUGUCUGGACAGCCUAGAAGCCCUCUGGAAAGGAUCAUGGCGAAAGCGCGCAUGGAUCUUCCAAGAGAUACUCCUUUCCGCCCGAUACAUGUUAAGCUGGGGAGAUAAAUCAACUGUCGCUUACAUGGAGCUUGGGACGGUCGGACGGAUAGCAGCUUUCCUCCAUCAACGCCAUCCGGAUAAGAGCUGGUUGCACGACUUCUGGUCUUGGUGCAAACAAUGUAACUGUCUUCGAGAGUUUUACACAGAGAAACUAGACAUGGAAGCGACCGUGCUGCAACUGGCCGAACAUCUGGAGGCCACAGUCGCUUGCGACAAGUACUACGCGCUGUGCGGAAUCCUGGGUUUGAAAGAUGUUGUCUAUAAUGCAAACCAUAAUGCCGAGGAGGCUCUCAACGAAAUACUCUCCGCUCUAACCAAACAAGGCAGGAUGGGCUGGAUGUAUGCAAUACCUCCUAGUGUCUCUGGGGCCGGUAUCGCUUUGUCCGAUAGUUGCAUGGCUCCAUUCUUCCUGACACGCAAGAAGAGGCAAGCGUCUAUAGGUUUCUACCAGGGAAGCUUCGUAUCUGAAGACUUCAUGGGCUUCACGGCAGUCGAAAUGGGUUUUGUCCAGGAAGUGACUAGUCUCGAAACAUUCAUUCGGCAGCUAGGCAGCAGUGUAGGCUCGUUACACACGCAAGGAAUCAAGGCGGAUUCUUUCCGUGAGUUGUACGGGUAUUCAACUACUGCAGAGCAACUUUUUCCGGCGAUACUUCAUCGAUUGGGCUACGACAUCAUCAGCCCAUUCCGCGAGCAUAUCCUCUUCGAUCGGCUACGAAAUGCUUUCGGAAUCACAGGGCCACCGGUCAGUCUGACAGGCACAGACACUGAUGCCAUGGCUUUCUGGGAGAUUGUAGUACGACUCUGCUUUGUUGAGACCAGUUCCUUCGAAGGUAGCGAUCCCUUAGGCCAACAACUAGUACAAAUGUCUGCAGAUCGAGUGCAGAGCCUUUGCAAGACGCUCGUAAGCCAGGGGUGGUGUGUUGUGCAUUGGCAAACCUGCGAGAAAGAGCCUCGAGCUCAAGUAGCAGUCGCAUUGCUCGACGGACCUAGCGACGCGUACAGAUGGGCAGGCAUGAAAAUGUUAUGCAUCCGGACACAGCGAAGCCAAGACUCCUUGUUGUUGAUCGGCGGUAGCGAAAUGCCAUACGUGGCGAGAGACGAUAACGCAGAUCAAGAGAGUAUGACGAGAAAGCCCUCCACAACGAGUACACAGCUCCGUGAUUCUGGAACGAAUUUUUUUAGCAUAGCUCUACAGAUCCCGAGACUUCAGGCUCUUUCCAAUUUUACCCAUCCCGCGUGUCACGACAAUGCAGCUGAGCUGCAUAGAGAAACUUCACAUCAUCCGAUAGUAGACGACGUCAUCAGCACAAUCGAGAGCUUCUCUAUGUCAGCCGCAGACGACGUCAUCAGCACACUGGAGAGCUUUUCUACGUCAGUCGCAGAUAAUUGGAAUCGAAAGGUCAAGUUGUUUCUAGUCCAACGGCAGAGAAGCGUUGCGAAUCCCAGACCGACUGUUCACCACGCCGAUACGCUUGUCGAUCUUGUAGGCCUAUUUGCGCACCAGGAUACUUCAUUGGAGAACCAACGCUCACCGGUCACAUCGAACAGUGCGCUAGAACGUGAACCAAGCUCUCAAGUCGACUACCUUUAUGCUAUGUUUCCAUCUCUAGAUCGGGGAUUGGUUAGUGAUGUAUUCCACGACUCUAGUGGCUUAGAUGCUGCAAUCGACGCCUGCCUGCAGUUGACAGACACUGGUUUGAAUCAAGCACACGACACAACCGGGAGCAGAAAUCUAUAUGAUGAUGCAUCUUGGAACCCUUGCGGCACUGGUACAGCGCAGACUGGAACUCUCAUUGACUUCUCACCAGACUCCGAGUCUGAGCCACAGUCAUCGGUUUCGAUUGAUCAGUCGCUCGGUCGUGGAAAUACUGCUUCACUGCAUAACGAUGUGAUCAACUCGACGGGGAAAGCGGACGUCUCUGCUCACAGCAGAAGUGGCCCUCAAGAUUCAUUGAUAUGA